AUGGAGACAACAACAGAACCGCAACAUUUUCUACUCUUGAACCGGAGUCACGACGGCACAAUAGUCGUCAACCUUGCCAAACCCAGAGGUCAUGUCACCCACCUCUACAGCAUCAGUCAUGACUCCAAAAUGUCCAAAAUGGACGUUCGGAAAAUGAAAUGCGACUCCGGCUCCGCAGAACACCGGCCCAUCGCAGCCAUCAAACUCCGCACAAUACCACCCCGAGUCGACGUCACCGUCCGCGGGGUCUCGUUCAAAAUGGCGCGGAAGCACCCCUUGUCCAAGACCCUGACCUUUCGAUUCCUGGGCGCGGGGGAGAUGAAAUGGGAACAGAUUGGCAAGAAGGGCAGGGGCAUGAGGCUGGUAGACUUCAACGGCAAGACUCAGGCGCACUUCCGUCCGAGGAUGCACGUGGUCAGCCACGUUGCCGGCGGGGGAAGCGGGGAUGACGAGAAACACGGCCGGAGCAGUCCGGGUCGCAAGGCCGGAUGGGGGCCCGGGUUUGAGCUGUACGCUACCAGGCUCGCGGAUCUUGACCUGGAUUUGAUCGUCACGACUGGCUUGGCUGCAGCAGAACAUCGUCGGCAACUGGACGACGACUGGGAUGAGGAUGCCGAUGACGUACCAAACACCGAGAGAGCGGCCGGCGGCGGCGGCGGAGGCGGCGGAACACGUCGUGGGUAA